AUGAGUAACGAUACAUUCUCCUUUAACAUCAAACAUGCAGGCAAGGUUUUGCCAAUUACCUUAUCAAAUGAUGCAACAGCACUUGAUCUGAAGACUCAAGUUGAGGAAUUGACUCAGGUCCCAAGAUCUAGACAAAAAUUUAUGGUUAAGGGAGGCUUGUCCGAUGAUUCUAUCGCCAAUCUUCAAACAAUAAUAAAGCCCGGCAGUACUGUCAUGCUAUUAGGGACACCUGAUGCUAAUCUACUUUCGAAGCCUGCUGAAAAACAUAGAUUUGUAGAGGACUUGUCACCAGAUCAACAGGUUCAGCAAUUUAACUCCACACCACUUGGCCUGCAAAAUAUGGGAAACACCUGUUACCUGAACGCUACAUUACAAGCUUUAUUCAGGGCUGAUGAACUGAAAGACUUGAUCUUGCAAUAUGAUCCAUCUAAAGUAACAAACUCUGAUGCCAAUGACGAAAUUCACUACAAGAUAGUAUUGGAAUUAAAGAGAACUUUUGAAACAUUGAAAAAGAGAAGUUUUAAAUCAGUUUUGCCAAUUAUGUUACUGAACACACUAAGGAAAUGCUAUCCUCAGUUCGCGGAACGUGAUCCACAAGGUGGAUUUUAUAAGCAACAGGACGCCGAGGAACUAUUCACCCAACUAUUCCAUACGCUGACUGUUGUCUUCGGAGAUAAAUUUGCCAACCAAUUCCAAAUCAAUUUCAGAGCGACAAUAAAGGAUACAGCCAAUGAAGAUGAUGUUACUGUGAGAGAGGAUGAAAGUGAUAUGAAACUACAGUGUCACAUCUCAGGUACUACCAACUUCAUGAAAAAUGGUUUGAUUGAAUCUCUAAAUGAAAAAAUUGAAAAGAGAUCAGAUAUAACUGGAUUGAAUUCCACUUACGCAGUUCAAAAACAAAUUACAAAACUUCCUAAGUAUUUAACUGUGCAAUAUGUCAGAUUUUUCUGGAAAAGGUCCUCAGGAAAGAAGUCAAAGAUUUUAAGAAAAGUUGUUUUCCCAUUCCAACUAGAUGUAGCUGACCUGUUAACACCAGAAUAUGCGAACGAGAAGAUCAAAGUACGUGAAGAACUAAGAGAAGUUGAAAAGGCUAAGAAUGAAAAGGAGCGUGAAGCUAAGAAGCGUAAAGUUGAACAAACUGAUGUAGUAAUGACGCCUAAAGAAGAAUAUGAGACUAAAAAAGCUCUGGAGGAGAGUGAGAGAGAAUACUGGCUCAACGAAUUCAAGAAGCGUUUUCCAUCUAAUUUAGCUGCUGGGGAGAAUCCCUCCUCAGUAUAUGACCUAAUAGGUGUCAUUACCCAUCAAGGUGCCAACUCUGAAUCUGGACACUACCAAGCUUUCAUCAGAGACGAAAGUGAUGAAAACAAAUGGUACAAGUUCAAUGACGACAAAGUCAGUCCAAUUGAGAAAGAGAAGAUUGAGGCAUUGGCAGGAGGCGGUGAAAGUGACAGCGCUCUAAUCCUUCUUUACAAAGGUUUUGGUCUAUAA